GAGGGCGGGGCCGCUGGGGGCGGGAGGAGGAGCCGCGGGAGCCGCGCCGCCGCCGAGCUGCGAUGUGGCCGGCCAGCCGGCGUGUAAACACGGGGAGCAGCCGCGGCCGCCCCGGCCCCGGGCACUGAGCACGCCCGCCGAGACCUGCCCGCCGCUGCCAUGGCCGAAGUGCGCAAAUUCACCAAGCGGCUCAGCAAGCCUGGCACGGCGGCCGAGCUCCGGCAGAGCGUGUCGGAGGCCGUGCGGAGCUCGGUGGUGCUGGAAAAGACCAAAGUUGUUGAGCCCUUGGACUAUGAGAAUGUUAUCGCCCAAAGAAAAACUCAGAUUUACAGUGACCCGCUCCGAGACCUGCUUAUGUUUCCAAUGGAAGAUAUAUCUAUCUCUGUGAUCAGUCGUCAACGCCGAACAGUCCAGUCCACUGUACCAGAAGAUGGUGAGAAGAGGGCCCAGAGUUUGUUUGUCAAAGAGUGUAUUAAAACCUAUAGCACAGAUUGGCACGUGGUGAACUACAAGUAUGAAGACUUCUCUGGAGACUUUCGAAUGCUGCCAUGCAAGUCUCUGCGACCAGAAAAGAUUCCCAAUCAUGUAUUUGAGAUUGAUGAGGACUGUGAGAAGGAUGAGGAUUCGUCAUCUUUAUGCUCUCAGAAGGGUGGUGUGAUCAAACAAGGCUGGUUGCAUAAAGCCAAUGUAAAUAGCACCAUCACAGUUACCAUGAAGGUGUUCAAGAGACGGUAUUUUUACUUAACUCAGCUUCCUGAUGGUUCGUAUAUUCUCAAUUCCUAUAAAGAUGAGAAAAAUUCAAAAGAAUCUAAAGGUUGCAUCUACUUGGAUGCUUGCAUCGAUGUUGUUCAGUGCCCCAAAAUGCGCCGUCAUGCUUUUGAACUCAAGAUGCUAGAUAAGUAUAGCCAUUAUCUGGCUGCUGAAACUGAGCAGGAAAUGGAGGAAUGGUUGAUAACUUUGAAAAAGAUUAUUCAGAUCAAUACCGACAGUUUAGUGCAAGAGAAAAAGGAGACGGUGGAAAUAUCACAAGAUGAUGAACCUAGCAGCCAAGGAAAAGCCGAGAACAUCAUGGCCAGUUUGGAAAGGAGCAUGCAUCCGGAACUGAUGAAGUAUGGAAGAGAAACUGAACAACUAAACAAGCUCAGUAGAGGAGAUGGAAGACAGAAUCUCUUUUCUUUUGAUUCAGAAGUUCAGAGGUUGGACUUUUCAGGAAUUGAACCUGAUAUAAAGCCAUUUGAGGAAAAGUGCAAUAAACGUUUCUUGGUAAAUUGCCAUGAUUUAAUGUUCAAUAUCUUGGGUCAAGUUGGAGACAAUGCAAAAGGACCACCCACAAACGUUGAACCCUUUUUUAUUAAUCUUGCCUUGUUUGAUGUGAAGAACAACUGUAAGAUUUCAGCUGACUUCCAUGUAGACUUGAAUCCCCCAUCUGUCCGUGAAAUGCUGUGGGGCCCUUCAAGCCAACCAGCUACUGAUGGUACUCCAAGAGGCUCUUCACCUGAGUCUUUCAUUCACGGAAUUGCUGAAUCUCAGUUACGCUUCAUAAAGCAGGGAAUUUUCUCAGUGACGAAUCCACAUCCUGAAAUUUUCCUGGUUGCGAGAAUUGAAAAGGUUCUCCAAGGAAACAUCACACACUGUGCAGAACCCUACAUCAAAAAUUCCGACCCGGCAAAGACGGCCCAGAAGGUGCACAGGACAGCUAAGCAAGUGUGUAGCCGCCUUGGACAAUACAGAAUGCCCUUUGCUUGGGCUGCCAGGCCCAUUUUCAAAGAUAUUCAAGGCUCUCUGGAUGUGGAUGGGAGAUUUUCUCCUUUGUAUAAACAAGAUAGUAGCAAGCUUUCCAAUGAAGACAUUCUCAAGUUGCUCUCGGAAUACAAGAAGCCAGAGAAGACCAAAUUGCAGAUUAUUCCUGGGCAGCUAAACAUCACAGUAGAAUGUGUUCCUGUGGAUUUUUCAAAUUGUAUUACUUCUUCAUAUGUGCCUCUGAAGCCCUUUGAAAAGAAUUGUCAAAAUAUUACUGUGGAAGUUGAAGAGUUUGUUCCCGAAAUGACGAAAUACUGUUACCCAUUUACCAUUUACAAAAACCAUCUAUAUGUAUAUCCCUUGCAAUUAAAAUAUGAUAGCCAGAAAACAUUUGCCAAGGCAAGGAACAUUGCGGUCUGUGUGGAAUUCCGGGAUUCGGAUGAAAGUGACGCUAGCGCUCUAAAGUGUAUCUAUGGAAAACCUGCAGGGUCUGUCUUUACCACAAAUGCUUAUGCUGUGGUCUCACAUCACAACCAAAAUCCAGAGUUCUAUGAUGAGAUAAAAAUUGAGCUUCCCAUUCAUCUUCAUCAAAAACAUCAUUUGCUUUUCACUUUUUAUCACGUAAGUUGUGAAAUUAACACAAAGGGAACAACCAAAAAGCAGGACACAGUUGAAACUCCAGUUGGCUUUGCCUGGGUACCUUUACUGAAGGAUGGUAGAAUCAUCACAUUGGAGCAGCAGCUGCCAGUUUCCGCCAAUCUUCCCCCAGGCUACAUGAAUCUGAAUGAUGCAGAAUCCAGAAGGCAAUCGAAUGUGGAUAUUAAGUGGGUAGAUGGUGCAAAGCCUUUGUUGAAGAUCAAAAGCCACUUGGAGUCUACCAUUUACACUCAAGAUCUGCACGUGCACAAAUUCUUCCAGCAUUGCCAACUGAUUCAGUCAGGCUCGAAAGAAGUUCCUGGGGAGCUCAUUAAAUAUUUAAAGUGUUUGCAUGCCAUGGAGAUCCAAGUCAUGAUACAGUUUCUACCUGUAAUUCUUAUGCAACUCUUCCAAGUUCUCACAAACAUGACCCAUGAAGAUGACGUUCCUUUCAACUGCACCAUGGUUCUCUUACAUAUCGUAUCAAAGUGCCAUGAAGAAGGCUUGGAUAAUUAUUUAAGAUCCUUCAUUAAGUAUAGCUUCCGACCUGAAAAACCCAGUGCUCCUCAGGCCCAGCUGAUACAUGAAACUCUUGCGACUACAAUGAUAGCGAUACUGAAACAGUCUGCAGACUUUUUAGCAAUAAACAAAUUGCUAAAGUACUCAUGGUUUUUCUUUGAAAUUAUUGCAAAGUCUAUGGCCACAUACUUGCUGGAAGAGAAUAAAAUUAAGCUUCCAAGAGGCCAGAGGUUUUCUGAGGCAUAUCAUCAUGUCUUACAUUCACUGCUUCUUGCAAUAAUUCCCCACGUGACUAUUCGCUAUGCAGAGAUUCCGGAUGAGUCCAGAAAUGUCAAUUAUAGUUUGGCUAGCUUCUUGAAGCGCUGUCUGACCCUAAUGGAUAGAGGAUUUGUUUUCAAUUUGAUAAAUGACUAUAUAUCUGGAUUCAGCCCCAAAGAUCCUAAGGUUCUGGCUGAAUACAAGUUUGAAUUUCUGCAAACAAUUUGCAAUCAUGAACAUUAUAUUCCUCUGAAUUUGCCAAUGGCUUUUGCCAAACCUAAACUUCAGCGAGUUCAAGAUUCAAAUCUUGAAUACAGUUUAUCAGAUGAGUAUUGCAAGCAUCACUUCUUGGUUGGUCUGCUUCUGAGGGAAACCUCCAUUGCUCUUCAAGACAAUUAUGAGAUCAGAUAUACAGCUAUCUCUGUCAUAAAGAAUCUUUUGAUAAAACAUGCAUUUGACACUAGAUACCAGCACAAGGUAAGGAUGUUUGUAUCAUCACCAGUAUCACAUUACUCAAGUUCAUGUAGGGCCUCUGGUCACACCUCUCCUUCUAGUACUGCCUUUGGUUCAAGGAGGAGAAUGGAACCAUGUUCAGACCACACGAGUUGCAGCUUUUACCAGCCACCUAGAGUUAGAUAUCACAUUGUGUUACAGGCAUCCAGGGAUGAGUUUGCAUGUGGCUUCACUUCACCUACAAAUAGAGGGAGUCUGAGCACUGACAAAGACACUGCUUAUGGGUCUUUUCAAAACGGACAUGGAAUUAAGAGGGAAGAUUCAAGAGGUUCCCUCAUCCCAGAAGGAGCAACCGGAUUUCCAGAUCAGGGCAGCACUGGUGAAAAUACUCGGCAGAGUUCUACAAGGAGUAGUAUAUCCCAGUAUAACCGAUUGGAUCAAUAUGAAAUCAGAAGCCUCUUGAUGUGCUAUUUGUAUAUAGUAAAAAUGAUUUCUGAAGAUACACUCUUAACUUACUGGAACAAGGUAUCUCCCCAGGAGCUCAUAAACAUUCUCAUACUUCUAGAGUAAAGUAUGUUUGUUCACUUUAGAUACAUGGGGAAAAGACACAUAGCAAGAGUGCAUGAUGCCUGGCUGUCAAAACACUUUGGAGUAGACUGAAAAUCACAAUCCAUGCAAGCUCUCUGAAACAGAUCAGGAAUAAUGCAGGCCCGGCUUCAGCAUCUUAGUAGCCUGGAAAGUUCAUUUACACUUAAUCACAGUUCUUCAACAACUGAAGCAGACAUUUUCCAUCAGGCACUUAUUGAAGGAAAUACUGCUACAGAAGUUUCCCUAACAGUAUUAGAUACCAUAUCAUUUUUCACUCAGUGUUUCAAGAGUCAGCUUUUAAAUAAUGAUGGCCACAACCCAUUAAUGAAAAAAGUAUUUGAUAUUCAUCUUGCUUUUCUUAAAAAUGGGCAGUCUGAAGUGUCGCUGAAACAUGUCUUUGCCUCACUGCGAGCGUUCAUUAGUAAGUUUCCCUCGGCCUUUUUCAAAGGAAGGGUAAACAUGUGUGCUGCAUUUUGCUACGAGGUUUUAAAGUGCUGCACGUCAAAGAUUAGCUCAACCAGGAAUGAAGCCUCUGCGCUUUUGUAUCUUCUGAUGAGAAACAACUUUGAAUACACCAAAAGGAAAACCUUUUUAAGGACACAUCUGCAGAUAAUAAUUGCUGUAAGCCAGCUGAUAGCAGAUGUAGCACUAAGUGGAGGAUCGAGAUUUCAGGAGUCUUUAUUCAUUAUCAAUAACUUUGCAAACAGUGACAGACCUAUGAAGGCAACUGCUUUUCCCUCAGAAGUCAAAGACUUGACCAAGAGAAUCCGUACUGUUCUUAUGGCCACAGCUCAAAUGAAGGAGCAUGAGAAGGACCCCGAAAUGCUAAUUGAUCUCCAGUAUAGUUUAGCCAAGUCCUACGCAAGUACCCCAGAGCUCAGGAAAACCUGGCUUGAUAGCAUGGCCAAGAUUCAUAUAAAAAAUGGAGAUUUUUCAGAGGCAGCAAUGUGUUAUGUCCAUGUAGCAGCUUUGGUUGCAGAGUUUCUUCAUCGAAAAAAAAUAUUCCCUAAUGGAUGUUCAGCCUUCAAGAAAAUUACUCCCAACAUAGAUGAAGAAGGAGCAAUGAAGGAGGAUGCUGGAAUGAUGGAUGUCCAUUAUAGUGAAGAAGUUUUGCUGGAAUUGCUAGAACAAUGUGUGGAUGGCUUAUGGAAAGCAGAGCGUUAUGAAGUAAUUUCUGAAAUUUCCAAGUUGAUCAUUCCAAUUUAUGAGAAUCGUCGAGAGUCUGCAAAACUUACUCAAGUUUACAGAACUCUUCAUGGAGCUUACACAAAAAUUUUGGAGGUUAUGCACACAAAGACAAGACUUUUAGGCACUUUCUUCAGAAUUGCCUUUUAUGGCCAAUCUUUUUUUAAAGAAGAGGAUGGAAAGGAGUACAUCUAUAAAGAGCCAAAGCUCACUGGCCUCUCAGAGAUUUCCCUGAGACUUAUUAAACUUUAUGGUGAAAAAUUUGGUAUAGAGAAUGUCAAAAUAAUUCAGGAUUCAGACAAGGUAAAUGUCAAAGAGCUUGAUCCCAAAUAUGCUCAUAUCCAAGUCACUUAUGUGAAGCCCUACUUUGAUGAUGAAGAACUCACAGAAAGAAAAACUGAGUUUGAAAGAAACCAUAAUAUCAACAGGUUUGUUUUUGAGGCUCCUUAUACAUUGUCAGGCAAAAAGCAAGGCUGUAUAGAGGAACAGUGCAAACGCCAUACAAUCUUGACUACUUCAAACUCGGUUCCAUAUGUGAAGAAGAGGAUUUCUAUAAACUAUGAACAGCAGAUUCAUUUAAAGACAAUUGAUGUUGCCACUGAUGAAAUAAAAGAUAAAACUGCAGAGCUGCAAAAGCUUUGCUCUUCUGCUGACGUGCACAUGAUUCAGCUCCUACUUAAAUUGCAGGGCUGUGUUUCAGUGCAGGUAAAUGCAGGUCCAUUGGCAUAUGCAAGGGCUGUCUUAAAUGACAGUCAAGCUAGCAAGUAUCCGCCCAAAAAAGUAAAUGAGUUGAAAGACAUGUUUAGGAAGUUCAUCCAAGCAUGCAGCAUUGCACUGGAACUAAAUGAGUGGUUAAUGAAAGAGGAUCAGAUUGAAUACCAUGAAGAAGAGCUCACGUCAAAUUUCAGAGACAUGGAGAAAGAAUUGUCUGACAUUAUUCAUGAACAGAUUAUACAAGAAGACCCAAUGCAUUCUCCCUGGAUGAGCAACACAUUACAUGUAUUUUGUGCGAUUAGUGGUACAUCGAGUGACCGAAGUUAUGGUUCCCCAAGAUACACUGCUGAAAUAUGAGGACAUGCAGAUGUCAAGUGACAACAAGACUGAACUUUCUCAGGAAUAUUCGGAGCUGUGCAAAUGUUAAAAAUUUAAAGAUUUGUUAUACACAGAGUGUUUCCUCCUGACAUACAGGGUGCUUACAUAUUUGUAAAUAUUUAAGAAACUUGAAAGUGCCUGGAAAAUUGCACCACUGUGCUUAGUUUGUACUUUUUUAGGUAAAUCAAUAUACUGAGAAGUAGCGCUCGAAACCUUAAUUUGAUUUGCUUACUUGUUACUUAAAAUAUUAAUGGCACUGUGUAAAAUGGUAUAAUGGCACUCAAAAGGUAAAACUUCUUUGUAAUUAGAAGUGAAGGAAAUAAUACUUUGAACUUAGCGUUUUUCUUGACAGGAAGCUAAAUUCAUUAUUAUACUAGUCCUUGGAGAAAAAAACUGAUAAAUUUUUCACGAAACAUGGAUACUUCCAACUGAGGAGAUAAUUUGAAACCUUGCCUACCAAUGGUCUAGACUGAGCUAAAGGAAACAAAAGCAUUAUGUAAACAAAGAAAUUUUCACAAAGAAAGGAUAUAUAUAGAAAUACCAGGCUUACCAGUCCUUCAAGCUUUGAUCCAAUGAUGCUAGGUAUUCCAGUCAGUGGUCUCUCUAACAUAGAAGGCGAGGGAUUCCUUUGUGGCCUGUGUUUGCCUAGCAAGCAGCCUUUGUUGCCAAAGCUUCAUCAGCUGAGGCUGUCCAUAAAGCUAAACAAACAUCUCUGAGAUUUGCAGUUACUUCCAAGUUUUAGCAGCAGAAUCUGAGGGUAGGGAUUUUGUAAUGAUGACUUUCUUCAGUUUACAAGGUUAAUAAGGAUUUUGAUAGAACUUGAUGAUCACAGCAUUUCUUGGGUCAGUAUCCAUAACCACCACGUAUUUAGCAGCUGCUGGCUAAGGAUUGCAUCUCUAACUAUGAAGAAACCUCAGAUUAACUAAAUAAUUCAGGAGAAACCAAGAUGUGAAGGACAUUUUUACCUUGAACUAUCCAUAAAAUUUUGGCUGCCUUUCAUGUAAACAUUAAGUCCUAGAUUUAUUUUUCAUAUGUAGUUUAUCCUAUUUUAUAGACAAAAAAGGAAAAAACAGACACUGAAAUAUAAGUGGAUUGCAUGGAGCUUUGGCUUUUUAAAUACGCUGUAAUUAAAUAAAUCUUAGAGCUUAUUAUGCA